UUAUCUACCUCAUACUCUACCAUGCCAUCUUUGUGUUCUUUGCCUGGACCUACUGGAAGUCUAUCUUUACACUACCACAGCAGCCAAACCAGAAGUUCCACUUGUCCUACACAGACAAGGAGCGCUAUGAAAAUGAAGAGAGACCUGAGGUCCAGAAGCAGAUGCUUGUUGAUAUGGCCAAGAAGCUGCCUGUGUACACAAGAACCGGGAGUGGAGCUGUACGAUUCUGUGACAGGUGCCAUCUGAUCAAGCCAGAUCGCUGCCACCACUGUUCUGUCUGUGCCGUGUGUGUUUUAAAAAUGGACCAUCACUGCCCUUGGGUUAAUAACUGCAUUGGAUUUUCCAACUACAAAUUCUUCCUUCAGUUCUUAGCUUAUUCUGUUCUCUACUGCCUGUACAUUGCUACAACAGUUUUCAGUUACUUCAUCAAAUAUUGGAGGGGGGAAUUACCCAGUGUUCGCUCUAAGUUCCAUGUCCUUUUUCUCCUUUUUGUGGCCUGCAUGUUUUUUGUCAGCCUUGUGAUUCUGUUUGGUUACCAUUGUUGGCUUGUCAGCAGAAACAAAACUACCUUAGAGGCCUUCUGCACUCCAGUGUUUACAAGUGGCCCAGAGAAAAAUGGGUUCAAUCUUGGCUUCAUCAAGAAUAUCCAGCAAGUGUUUGGAGAUAAUAAGAAGUUCUGGUUAAUACCUAUAGGGUCCAGCCCUGGUGAUGGACACUCCUUCCCCAUGAGGUCUAUGAAUGAGUCACAGAAUCCACUGCUAGCAAAUGAAGAACCCUGGGAAGACAAUGAGGAUGACAAUCGAGAUUAUCCAGAAGUCUCAUCAUCUCUUGCUGUGGAAACAGAAACGUAGCAGUUUUCAUAUUUCCUGCAUCUCUCAGACAGAACCCACCAUUUCCCAUGAGGCUUACAGAGUUCAAUGUUUGAAACCAUUCUAAUCCUCAAAAUAAGACACCAAGUUGGACUGAAAGCUUCACAAUUUGAAAGUGUUCCAUCAAAUAUGUGCUGUGCAGAUGUUUCAGGACUUUACAAAUUAUUUAAUUUACUGACUGAACUCCACUUUGGUAACAAUUACUUCAAGUCAGUUUUUCUUUCUUUCUUAUCCUACCCAAAUCAUGAAAGCCUAAAUGUAAAAUAUAUAUCUUUAUAUUCAUCUUGUCAGGUAAAAAAAGGAACUCAUAAGACUACCUUAGAGUCUUUAAUUCCCCCAGAAAUCAUAUAGUCAUAUAUACAGGGUCUUUUUGGUAAUGAGGGGAAUCGGCAUACAUUCACUGCUUAUAUGCAUGUGCAUUCAUAAACAUGUAUGUUUGCAGCAUAUCUAUAUAAAAUUCUGCUGUAAUGUCAUGAAAAUCAAGAUUUUAAAAACCGAGGCUUUUAUUUAAUCAUGCUGUUUCCCUAAAUAGAUAUUUAAAUAUUUGAUGAGCUUUGAAACAUCCCUAUAUCAGGUAUCUAAAAUUUGAGAGAUAAAGUCAAUUCACUGUGACCAAGAUCCUCAAAUUGAGAGUUGAACAACAAUGUAAAACCUGUUCUCUAUCACAAAGGUUCCUGAAAGCACCACAGCCAACAGAGAAGACCAGAUCAGAUCAGAUCAGAUUUCUACUUUAUUAAUCAU